AUCCACGAGAAAGUUUGUUUUCCCAUAGCGCGAUAAAGAUAAACGCUGCAGAAGAUUGCACCAGAGGAAUGACAUACGUGUUGAAAUCUGUUUGAGUUUGGCGCACAAUGUCGGGAAGAGUCUGUUGUGUGCUCGGCUGCUCCAACAGCAGCAGAAAAAUCCAAGUCUGGAACAAAACCACAUGCGAAAUUCACCCUCCGUUUUUACAUCGAGACUGUCCCUGUGUGAGACCUUACACGCUACACAGAUUCCCGGGGCGGGCUGAGGAAAAAGCUGUUCGUCAGAAGUGGAUUAUAAAUAUCAACCGAAAGGACUUUGUACCAACCAAGAACAGCACGGUGUGUGGGAUACAUUUCCCGGACGGAAGACCAACAAAAGAACACCCAUUCCCAGUGUUGCACAUGGGUUAUGAAUAUCAUGGGAAAACAUCACCUGGUAGAAGAGGACGCCCCACAAAAAAAUGUCGCCGGGACUUAAAAGUUAACACAUCACAUGCUGAACCGGACGUUAUGGAAUCUCAUGUUAAGACUAGCGGAAUCUCUGAGUGGGAUCCUCACACCGCUGCAGGUAUGAAUCUUGGACUGCCGCCGAGCGCUGACAGUAAUGGAACUCCUCAGGUACCCCUGAGACUAAUAGUGAAAGAAGAGGACAUCAAAGAAGAGGAAUAUGAUCGCAUUGUAGACGAGGACAUUAAAGAAGAGGACAUGAGAGAGGAGGACGUUAGAGAGGCGAACAUUAAAGUGGAGGACAUUAAAGAAGAGGAAUAUGAGCACAUGAUCACAUGUCAAGAUGACGAGGAGGAGAAGCCGCUCACAGAGCUGCUCUGUAAAACGGCACCGGACUUCACAGAGUCACUUAGCUCCAUGGAAACACCCCAGACAAAAGUGGAGGUUAAAGUGGAAAAAGAAGAAGACGAGGGAGAACCCCAAGACCACGAUUCUCCUCAGGAAAACGUUGCAGUGAUGGAAGGAACUCAAGAUUCUACAUCUUUGGAAGGAACUGGUGGUGGCCCCUGGCCACACCUGGCACCACUCUUCACUCCCAAGUGUAAGAAAGGCAACAACUACAUAAUGAAGUGCACACUGUGUCUACCUAAGAAUAACACUAUAUCAGCAUUUCACAACUCCUCCUCAAACCUGCGCAAGCACAUUGAGAGGAGGCAUCCAGGCAAGUUGCGGAUGUACAAAGAGUGCAUGGCGAAACCUCUCCGGUACAGACGAAGCAGUGACACAAACUCCAGUUGUUCAACUGUUCAGACCAAACUGAUGGGGAGACUCUGCGCAGUGCAGCAGGUGAAGGUUGACCAGCUGAUCACUGACUUUGUGUGUGAUGGUUUACUCCCCCUUUCCCUUGUUGAGCUGCCUGCUUUUAAAAAGCUCGUGGUAACACUCAGUCCAACAAACUCGGUAAUGACCAGAACAACUCUCUGUGCGAGGAUAGAUACAGCAGCUGAGGACAUGAACAUGUCUUUGAAGAAAGAGUUUAGUGCUGUCAAGUACGUGGCGACAACUACUGAUUGUUGGACUGCAUGGCGGCGCAGUUUCAUUGGAGUUACAUGUCAUUGGAUUGAUGAAAACACCCUGCAGAGACACUCUGCUGCUCUGGCGUGUAGACCCGUGAAAGGCUCCCAUUCACUUGAGGUUCUGGCUGCUGCUUUGGAGGACAUCCACUUGGAAUAUCACAUCCAGGACAAGGUUGUCAAGACAACUACUGACAAUGGCUCCAACUUCCUGAAAGCUUUUAGGGGUUUUGGGAACCACACAGCUGUCAACCCAGAACUUGAGCAAGAUUUAAAUGAUGAUGAAGAUGAGUGCACACCUGAUGGUGAACACGAUGACGUCGAGUUUCAGAAUACCACAGAAAUAUUGAGUCAGAACGACAACACCCGGGAGUACCAGUUACCACCACACCAAAAAUGUGCCUGCCACCUACUAAAUCUCGUGGCCACAUCAGACGUGCUGGAGGGGGCAGGCAAUGAGACUUUCAAACGCCUAUAUUUCUCUUCAUUUUCCAAGUGUAAUGCCGUAUGGAACGAGGUGGGAAGGGCACACAAGGCAACAGAAUCAGUGGAGAAUGAGUGUCGUCUGCAACUUAUCUGCCCCAGCAAGACAGGAUGGAAUUCUACAUUCAUGGCAGUGGAGCGGAUUGCCCGCAUUAUCAAGCAAAAUGGAGAGGACGCCAUGAGGAAUAUCUGCUCUGAAUUCAAAGUAAAAAUGUUUAAUGCUGCGGAAAUCUCAUUUCUGGAAGAGUAUAGUCGUGUGAUGAAGCCUGUGGCAGCAGCACUUGAUAUUCUCCAGGCGGAAACUAACUCCUACAUGGGUUGGCUUCUCCCUACCGUCUACCAUCUGGAGGGCAAACUGCUGAAAAUGGAGACAUCAGUUGAGGUUUGCCUGCCUCUAUUAAAGGUUCUCCAGAAAGGGCUGAGGAAGCAAUUUCAGGAUAUGAAGGAGAACCCGGAUCUAAUUGCUGCUGCCAUCCUGCUCCCAAAAUUCAAAAAUAACUGGACGGACAAAAAGAACGUCAUCAAGCUUGGGACGGACUACAUCAGGAGACACAUUGAGCUGGUAGAGAUUACCCAGGAUACCAGCUCCAUUGAGCAAGAUGAUUUCUUUUCAGCAAUGAAGACAAAAAAGUCUGAUGAGUUGGAUGACUACCUGGCCUGUUCUUCAGAAAAAAUGGAGCUUCUGCACGCCUUCCCUGCUCUGAAGAAGCUCUCCAUCAAACUCAACACUCCACUGCCUGCAUCGGUGGCUUGUGAGAGGCUGCUCAGUUGUGAGUGGCUGAACUCCAUAAGCAGAAGAGCAAGACUGGGGGAUAAGAACUUUGAGAACCAGCUUCUGUUGAAGCUUAACAGGAAGAAACAAAAUGGAAGAAAUUGAGAGGGUUGGAGUCACUGGAGAGAACCAAGGACCAGAUCAGGCUGGCAUACAGAGAUAUUGACCCUGAUGUGGCAGAUAUGAUGAGGCAGGAUCAGGAUGCCGUGAUCAAUAUCAGUGUCUUUUGAUGGCACAUGGCAGAAGAGGGGAUUCACGUCUCACUACGGCAUUGGCGUGUGCAUUGACAUCCUCACUGGGUUGGUAGUGGACUUUGAGGUGCUAUCCUCCUAUUGUCAUGCUUGUACCCUGAGAGAGUGUGCCAGGCGAGACAGCAAAAUAACAUAGGAAGAGUAUGAUAGCUGGAAGCAGAAUCAUGUUGACUGUGCAAGGAACUUCUCAGGGUCAAGUAAGGCCAUGGAGCAGGAGGCAGCCAAGAGGAUAUGGGCCAGGUCAGUGUCUCAACAUCAGCUGAGGUACACCCAGAUGCUGUCAGAUGGAGACAGUGCUGCAUUUAAGGAGGUGGUUGCACUCAACCCAUACCCUGGGCACGAAAUAGUUAAACUUGAGUGCAUUAAUCAUGCUCACAAACGCAUGGGCACAGCACUCAGGAAACUGAGUGCUGAGCGCAAGUUAGGGGGCAAAGGUCGCGGGAAGCUUACGGCCAAAAAAUGUGAAGCCUAACAGAACUAUUACAGGGGGGCCAUUCUUAAUAAUCAAGGCUCAUUACAUAAAAUGAAGGCAGAAAUAUGGGCAGGUCUCCUCCAUUCCAUGUCCAGUGAUGACAACCCCCAUGCACACUAGGUGCAGUCCUGCCUGGUGCUGGUACAGGAGAGCAGAGGAGAACGGAGAGCAACCAGAGAGCCAUGAUCGCCACGCAGGGAACUUUUUGUCACGAGAGGUGGGUCAAAAACUCCUCCCUGUGUAUCACCGAAUGUCCAGUGACAGCCUGCUGAAGCGGAUGCAGCAUGGGGGCACCCAGAAUGCCAACGAGUGCCUAAACUCGGGUCAUAUGGGCCCAAUGUCCAAAAACAGUCUUUGUUGGGAAAAGUAGGGUUGAGGCUGCAGCCAGUAUGGCUAUUUCUACUUUCAAUGAGGGCGCCUCUGCCAUGCUGAGUGUGAUGGAGAAGCUGUGGCUUCAGGGCACAGCUGUGACUAAAUGCAGUGAGUUAUGACGAUAUGGUCAGAAUCUCAAAAGCAGAUCGUGUCCAGUCCGCCAGUGCAAAGCGGAGACGAAAAAGUGAGAGCUCAGCCAAAAAAGUAAAAAGACGCCAGCAGGAGGGCCCCACAUAUGGUGCUGGCAUGGAUAUGUAGAGAUGUAAAUUUGGGGGGAGGCAGUGUUAUGGUUGUGUUCUGUCCGUUCCAAUUGA